AUGGCUGAUUUCCGGACCUCCACCCAACGGGAUAGGUGGAUCUUCCAGUCGCACGAUCUGAUGGAGAGGUGGGCGGCGGCAAACCAGCGGGCUGCUCAGACCCUUGCGCAGUAUGGGACGACGCGGCUUAGUGUGGACCUGCUUGAUGGCUCGGUCUCCUACCCAGAGCCCGCACCGGAUCAUGUUGAGGGUAGCUCGAGUGUAAAGCCUCUGUCUUACGAAGAGGAGCAAUUGACACGGGUGUUUUACGAGCAGAAGAUUCAGGAAGUAUGCGCUGCAUUCAAGUUCCCUCACAAAAUCCAGGCUACAGCAAUAAUAUAUUUCAAGAGAUUCUAUUUACAAUGGUCUGUAAUGGAGCAUCACCCAAAGCAUAUUAUGUUAACAUGUGUAUAUGCUUCUUGCAAAGUGGAAGAAAACCAUGUUUCUGCUGAGGAACUUGGUAAAGGAAUUCAGCAGGACCACCAGAUCAUUCUAAAUAAUGAGAUGAUUCUUCUUAAAACUUUAGAUUUUGAUCUCAUUGUUUAUGCUCCAUAUCGAUCGAUUGAAGGAUUUAUUGAUGACCUAGAGGAUUUCUGCAGGGCAGGUAAUGGUCCAUUCCAGCGUUUGAAGGAGUUGCGCCAUGCUGCUAUAUCCCAUGUUGACAAAAUGAUGUUGACUGAUGCACCUCUUCUCUAUACUCCUGGGCAGUUGGCACUAGCUGCUCUUCACAAGUCCAAUGAUCUUCUCAGGGUCGUCAAUUUUGAAAGAUACUUGGAAACUAUCUUCUCAAGGCAACAUUCUGAUUGUCCGGUUGAACAGUUUGUUCAGUCGAUCAACGCAAUCAAUUACUUGGUUGACCAGCUUAAUAUACCUACUGUUAAGGACAUGAGACAUGUUGACCGCAAGCUGAAACAUUGUUGGGAUCCAAGCUCACAUGAUGAGCAUAAUAAGAAGAAAGAAAAGAAGUCAAAGCACAAAUCAAAAAGAACAUCUGCUGAUGCCCAACUCAACAGCUAG